GUCAACACAUCUGCCCCAUAUAUAUAUAAGAUAGACCGAAGUGCCUGACCUGCUAAAACACGUUACACACUUCCUUCUGAGGAGAAACAAUCCAGUAGUCAGCAUGAACAAGCUGGUCAUUGUUACUGUGCUAAUCGCAGUCUUCACCUUGGGUGCGGAGAGCUUCCGUGUGCCCAGAGAGACUGAAGAAGGCGAGGAAAAUGGACCAGUUACUUCUUUGUUUGGCAAACUGAGGGGCUAUUAUGAUUACAGUGUAAAUGUUGCUGGUUCAUAUGUAGAUACCAUAAAGGAUCUCAAGCUGGAUGAGAAAGCUAAGAACUUGUAUGAGGAGACAACAGGAGCUGUGCGCACUUAUGCAGGCAUCUUCCAGGAUCAGCUUUACCACAUGAUCUACUCCUCAGAGAGUGCAUAAAGUUCUUUAACUCUUAUAACUCCAUUUUUUAAAAACUCUGGUCCUCAGUAAUGCAAAGCUGGAGCCCCUUAUCACAACCUGAUGCAGCUACAAGGAGCCAACACUCAUCACUAUGUGGCAUAACACUAUAGAUGUGUUUCUACCCAGUUGUCGUCCCAUCACACUAAUGCAUACAGCAUCUUAGCGAAGUGCAUGACAAGGGAUAUAUAUGCUGUAAACAUUACAAACCAAUGAGUACAUAGUUUCAAUAGGGGUGAUUCAUUCCUUUUGUCAAUGUAGCUCUCAGGUGCACUUCUGUGUAAAAAAAUGUAAAAUACACAAAGAAAAUAUUCAUUAUUACAGGAAAUUUAAAAGCGUCUUGGCCUACAAAUAUGCUAACAAAAAGCUAUGUAAUUAAUCAUGUAAAAUAAAAUCAGGCAUUUGUAGAAAGUCUAUAAAAGAGUCCGUUUUUGAACUUAUUAAAAUUAUUUCACAUUAUAAAAUGCUAUAAAGGUUUUAUAUAAAAAAAAAAAUAAAAUAAAAAAAAAGGUGGCUAAACAUAGAAAUUUCAUCAUCUGAGUCAUUCUCAGUAAUAUAUUGAUAUCAUUGUAUAACUUAAUGCAAAUAAAAAAAAGGCUUGACUUUUUUGUUUUGUUUUAUUGUGUACAUUUUUAUUAUGUCUAGCCAAGUGCAUUGUUCUGCAAGCCAGAGGUGCUUCAGUGUCAAAAGUCAAAAGUACCAGUAGAGACACACAAUUGCAUAGACUUAAUGUACAUUAACUUAUUUCCAGAAUGACAAUGCCCCUGUACAUGAAGCUACAUUUGUUGGGGUUGAAGAUCUAGAGUGGCCUGCUAUAGAGUACUUACCUCAACCAUAUUGGACACCUUUAAGAUGAACUGGAAUGCUGACUGCACUUUACAUCAGUACCUGAUUUAUUUAUUUUUUUAAACCACCUUUGUAGCUCCAAAAUCUAGUGAAACAUCUUCCCAGAAUAUAUGGCUUGGACCAUGAGUAAAUCAUGUUAUUUAAAUAAAAAUAUUAAUAGA